AUGGAGUCUCCAAUCUCUGAUCAGCCCGCUGCGAACCAUCCUCUGUCCGUUCACCGCCAGCCCACGCGUGAUCUGAUAGAGCCACUGGUAGCCGAUGGCCUGCAGCAGUUGGGAUUACAUGUAGCCACCACAAGUAACGGUGAGAGCAGAAACCAGAGUGACAGCAACGGUGUUACCGGUAGCGGCGGCGACAGCCAAAGCCAAAACCAAGGUUCUUCAACUGAAGUUAGUGCCGGGAUGUCAUACUCUAGUAUCAAUACCAAUAACUUCAUUGAGUCCUGGCGUAACACUCUCAAGCGCCACUUCUUGAAGAAUAAGCAGAAACGGCGUGUGGACACAGUCAUCUACGUCCUUGCUGUCAUGGCCGUACCGCACUUUCAACAGAAAUGCAUUUGCAGCGUUGUCAACAUCGGUCUGAUGAACCCUGCCCAAAGAACGGAAUUAAAACUCGGUAAUAUUACCGGGAACCAUCCCAAGAACAGGAAGCUGAAGGAAUACACAGGCCACUACAUCAUGCAAGUCUCAGACACGAUACUCUGA